AUGAAACCUUAUGAUUGCCAAUAACUUGGUCUUGUACUCUACCUUACAUCAUCAUUAAACUUCCCUUCAGACUCUCUGAAGGAGGCAUGCAGGAGUUGGUAUCAAACACUUGAGAACCUCUGUCACCUUCACCCUUAGCUCCAUUUCUCAAUGCCCUUUCUGAAUUCCUUGCUAUUGCCCUACUUCUGGCUCUUUUUUUCCAAUCUUCUAAGCACUCUUUCUCUAUGGAGUGGAGCAAUGAGACAGCAGUGAGUGAAUUUAUCUUCCUUGGCUUCUCAUCCCUGGCUGAAUUCCAGUGGCUGCUGUUUGUGGUGUUUCUUCUCCUCUACCUGUUCACUCUGGGCACUAACGCUGUGAUCCUGUCCACCAUCCUGCUGGAACGAGCCCUUCAUACUCCCAUGUACUUCUUCCUUGGCAUUUUGUCCUCAUUUGAGACAUGCUACACCUUUGUCAUAGUGCCCAAGAUGCUAGUGGAUUUGCUGGCCCAGGAGAAGACCAUCUCUUUUGUGGGCUGUGCUAUCCAAAUGCUCAUCUUCCUCUUCCUUGGCUGUUCUCAUUCCUUCCUGCUGGCAGCCAUGGGCUAUGACCGCUACAUGGCCAUCUGCAAUCCUCUUCGUUACACAGUGCUGAUGGGUUAUGGGACAUGUCUGGGACUUGUAGCUGCAGCCUGUGCCUGUGGUUUCACAGUUGCCUUGGUUACAACAUCCCUUGUAUUUCACUUGCCCUUCCAUUCUUCCAACCAGCUUCAUCACUUCUUUUGUGACAUCUCCCCUGUCCUUAAGCUGGCUUCCCACCAUACUCGCCUUAGUCAGAUGGUCAUCUUCAUGCUGGGUGUAUUUGUCUUAGUCAUCCCUUUGCUGUUAAUUCUGGCCUCAUAUAUCCGUAUCAUCUCUGCCAUCCUAAAGAUCCCUUCCACGGUGGGGAGGUACAAAGCCUUCUCUACUUGUGCUUCCCAUCUCAUAGUUGUCACUGUCCACUAUGGCUGUGCUUCCUUCAUCUAUUUGAGGCCCAAGACCAACUAUACUUCGAGCCAAGAUGCUCUGAUAUCUGUGUCCUAUACCAUUCUAACCCCAUUAUUCAAUCCCAUGAUUUAUAGUCUCAGAAAUAAGGAGUUCAAGGCAGCUCUUUGGCGAGCAGUGGGUCAGAACUUGUGUCCCAAACAUUAAAGAACUUAUUCUUCUACUUGA